GGCCGGCUCAGCCAAUCGGCUCCGCCAAGCUCGCAACUGCCAAGCGGAAGCCGGGAAGCCAGCCUGGCUCCUGACUUUGGGGCUGGGGAUUGUGGGAGGAGGGCCGGGCCCCACUGGAGGCACCCUUUUGUGUAAGAGCCCCAGGAACCAGUCCUCCGUCUGGCCACAGGGACACUGGGUUGUGGCAUUUCUCCAGCUGCUCCCCAUGGGGAGGGAAGACCUCCCUGGAGCCAACAGGCCUAGCCUCUGACCCUGGAAACACCCAGCCCAGGCCUGCCUGAAGGCCAACAAGUCAGGGAGCGGCAAAUUUUUAACCAGACACAUUGAUCAUUAACUGGGGUAGGAAGGAGUCCAAACUCAGCAUCCCUCGGGGGCAGAGACCAGCUGGGCUUUGAGCCUCCUGUGGAGAUGCUGGGCCCCCGAGUCUGGUCCUCUGUGAGGCAGGGGCUGAGCAGGGCCUUGUCCAGCCCCAUGGGGGGCUGGGCCUCAAGGGAGGGGAGGAAGGUGGACAUCUCAGGCAUCUACCCCCCUGUGACCACCCCCUUCACUGCCACGGCCGAGGUGGACUAUGGGAAACUGGAGGAGAAUCUGCACAAACUGGGCACCCUUCCCUUCCGAGGCUUCGUGGUCCAGGGCUCCAAUGGCGAGUUCCCCUUCCUGACCAGCAGUGAGCGCCUGGAGGUGGUGAGCCGCGUGCGCCAGGCCCUGCCCAGGGACAAGCUCCUGCUAGCCGGCUCGGGCUGCGAGUCCACUCAGGCCACGGUGGAGAUGACGGUGAGCAUGGCCCAGGUCGGGGCUGACGCCGCCAUGGUGGUGACACCUUUCUACUAUCGCGGCCGCAUGAACAGUGCCGCCCUCAUUCACCACUACACCAAGGUUGCUGACCUGUCUCCAAUUCCCGUGGUACUCUACAGUGUCCCAGCCAACACGGGGCUGGACCUGCCUGUGGAUGCGGUGAUCACGCUUUCCCAGCACCCGAAUAUCGUGGGCAUCAAGGACAGCGGUGGUGAUGUGAAUGGCAGCAGCUCUCGGCUGGGGCGCCCUCCUCCUCUUCUCUUCUGCUACCAACUUCCGGGCAGCUGUGGGACCCGCUUCAGUCCUGGGCUCCUGUGUGACCAGGAUCGGGCUGAUUGUCCACAAGACCAGGAGACAGGAUUUCCAGGUGUUGGCUGGAUCGGCUGGCUUCCUGCUGGCCAGCUAUGCUGUGGGCAGAGGCUCUGGCUGGUAUUCUGCAUCUUACUCUGUGGCAGGAGCUGUGGGGGGCGUGUGUGCCCUGGCCAAUGUCCUGGGGGCUCAGGUGUGCCAGCUGGAGCGACUCUGCCUCACAGGGCAGUGGGAAGAUGCCCAGAAGCUGCAGCACCGCCUCAUCGAGCCAAACACUGCGUCUCUUCUAACAGGCCCUGCUCCUCAGGUGACCCGGCGCUUCGGGAUCCCGGGGCUGAAGAAAACCAUGGACUGGUUUGGCUACUACGGAGGCCCCUGCCGCGCCCCCUUGCGGGAGCUGAGCGCCGCCCAGGAGGAGGCGCUGCGCCUGGAUUUCACCAGCAACGGCUGGCUCUGAGCGUGAGGACGGGACGGCCGGACCGCGCCCAUCCCAGCCCCCUGCCUUGCGGUAGCAGCCUGAAGAGGAACGCGGGGGGACGAGGGUUCAAGGCCCCUCUUCUUACUUCGGUCAUCCAGGUAGCCUGUCUCCAGGCGCUGCCAUGCACGCUUGUUUCCUGUUCUCCCGGCCCCAUGACCUCUCGCAUUUGUAUCCUGAACUCUGGGUCUCUAGAGACCUUCAGUCUGGGAAGGAGCAAUGACUUGUCUUUCUACUGUGCUUUUCUAUCCCCUGAGACACGUGAACCAGGAGCCAGAGGGGAAAGUCAGGGGGGCAGUUGGGCACAGAAAGGCCAUGUUUUACUGAAAGGAAGACUGCUUAGACUUGGGGAUACAAACCUGAGUCCAGCACAGUGCAGCAGGAAGCCAGGGUGACUCCUGAGAACCCAAGUUCUGACUCCUUCCAGGGGAAGCAAUAGGUUGGGAAACCUGAUCAGAAAGGUGUCACUGGUCUUUCAAAGACACCCCCCCCCAAGCUACAUUCUAAUCCUUUCCUAAAUCUAUUUGGAUUGAUCUCAUAUUGUCUCUAGCCUUGAUCCCAACCAUCAUGUGCACCAGUAAGACAGCCCAGUGGCUUGCCAGAACUGGUAAAUAAUGACACCUGGUGGAUAAAUAUUACAUUCUAGAAGGCUAUUCUAGCCAACCCAGGUCUGAAACAUUAGGAAAGGGGACUUGGCCUGAGAUAGGACCAUCCUCUUGCCUAUACACACUCUGCUUUUAUUGUUAGGAACAAUUACUCUGUUACUGCAAUAAAGUUGAAUAAGUUAAA